AUGUCGGCCAGAAAUGGUGCUUCGGGCAUCAGCAAAGAGGAUCCCGAAGCAGGCAAGAAGCUGCUAGGCAAGCACAAAGAUAUUCUGCUAGGAAGAUUGAGGCGUUACCUGAACCAUCCGGACACCAAGUAUGAUCACAUCGACGCUUUGCGGGAUGCUCUCCUUCCCAAAAUUUCUUUUCUCAGCGACAGUGACGCAAGACUUGAACUCGCCAAGUCUUGGUGCCGCAGUUCGCAUUCGGCCUAUUGCAAGUAUCAUAGAAGAGACUUUGAAGUUGUGGACAAACUGGCGUGGGCAUCACUCAUGAUGGCGCCGAUGGAGGCCAGUCGCAAAUUCCAAGAUGAAGAGUGUACGGACGAUGGACGUCCUUCACAAUCAGAUACUUGCUACCUCGGAGAGUCUGCUAUUUUUCUUUCCAGGAUGAUUGGAGAGCUGUUUCCCAAACGUGGUUAUCUUCCGGCUUACCAUUACGAGCCCAAGGAUGGCCUCAACGCGGUCGAAGUAAAGGACCAUCCGAGAGGCGAUAUCAAACAAGCUGUUUCCGCUUCUUCACUCCAAGACGAGAGCACUUGCGUUGUCACAAAGUCUGCCGACCCCAGGGUUUGUCUGGUCCUUCCUUUUCCUACUUCGCAAACUGCUGCUUCGUUGGAGUAUAUCUUGCAUAAAGAUUCGGGAGACAUUUUUGGCUUUGGGAUUCGCAAGUAUCUCGCUGUUUUACAGUCGCUGGCCACCGUCUUCUCUUUGGCGAACAUGAUCUCCCUCAACGAGAUACUCUCGAAAUGGUGGGCGAAGGCGUGGAUUGCCCUCGAGCCUAUCCCACAAACCGACUGCUCCAUCCGGCUCCGGCUUAGAUGGUUCCGAAAAGCCAUGUUUGAUCAGGAAAGGGAUCAUAGAAUUGGCAGGCUCGAAUCUGUCCGAGGGUCCUGCGCCAAAGUGGUGUGCAUCGACAUGAACCCCCGCAUGGUCUCUCGGGAGAGACUCACCCAGUCUGGAAAGACUCUUCGCAUGGUCCACUUUGAAACACGUGAGUACGUCGAGGACGGCUACGAGUUCGACAUCACUGCGGCCAAGAAGGAAGAUCUCUCAGACUUUGGACUGCUCAAGGUUCGGUACAUCCUUUCAAUAGCUAUGUCACUGACGGGCGAGGGGCUAGCCGAGGACGAUGAGCAGUGA